AGCUUCGACUGAACGACUCGGACCAACCCGGAACUUUAAAGUGACCUAAUCUCUCCUGAAAACUCGUAACGAGGAGUUUCCCUGCUGCUGCUCCCACCGCUUCAGGUGUGUCUCUGAGAAAAAUUCACUUUUCACCUGGAGAUUUUUUCUCCUGGAGGCGAAAUCAAACUUCUUCCAAAUGUGUGAGGCUGCGGCGGCUCCUGCAGGACAGUAGCCUCGACUCGUCUUUUCUCCCCAGAUAAAGAGUGGUGGAGUCACAAGGUGCCAAAAUGCCACAGCAGAAGGACAUAGUGAAGAUUGCCAUCCAGAUGCCUGGGGCCUAUCCCCAGCUCAUACAACUGGAUCAGAAAAAGCCUCUGUCUGCUGUAAUAAAGGAAGUGUGUGAUGGCUGGAAUCUCCCAGGCCCUGAGAACUACGCCCUGCAGUAUGCUGAUGGGGUGCAGACGUACAUCACAGAAUCAAAUCGUCUGGACAUUAAGAACGGCUGCAUUCUGCGUCUGACCAAGGCACCGGGUCGCUGUGCAGAGGACUUGUUUAAGGGCAUCCAGAGCUUGGACUCAGGCGUGCGCUGCGAUUCGCUGAAGGAGCUGGCGAACGUCUCCACAGACGUGACCUUCGCUCAGGAGUUCAUCAGCAGAGACGGACACCUCUUAUUGGUCAAGAUAGUGGAGGAUUCGAAGGAGAGUAAUGUGAUCAUGACGCACACACUGACAGGCUUCAUGGAGCUGAUGGAUCAUGGGAUAGUAUCUUGGGAGAACCUCUCAACCAUCUUCAUCAAGAAGAUCGCCAGCUUUGUCAACGCUAAGCCGACAGACGCUUCAAUACAGCAGGUGUCCUUGGACAUCCUGGAGAGCAUGGUGCUGAGCAGUCACAGCCUCUUCCUGCAGGUCAAACAGGAAGUCACCAUGGAGAGGCUCAUCGCUCAUCUCCAGGUGACCAAUCAGCAGAUCCAGACCAAAGCCAUGGCCCUGCUCAUGGCCCUGCUACAGACGGCCGGAGACUCUGACAGACAGGAUAUGUUUGCAUUCCUAAAUAAGAAGAAUCUCCGUCAGUACAUUUAUAAGAACAUCAUCCAUAGUUCUGCUUCAGUCCAGGAUGAGAUGGCCCACUACCUCUACGUCCUUCAGUCGGUAACAUUGAAUCACCUGGAACCACGCAUGAGGACGCCUCUGGACUGUUACAGUCAGGAGCAAAGAGACAUCCUUCACAAUUUGCGUCAGGUGGCGUUUGAGACAGAGAGUGAAAACAGCCUGAGCCACGAGAGGCGACGCUCGCUCUGUGCUAAAGAGUUCAAGAAGCUGGGAUUCUCUAACAACAGUAACCCCGGUCAGGACUUGGUGCGGACGCCUCCUGGUCUUGUAGCUUUGGACACCAUGUUUUAUUUUGCUUCACGCUAUCCUGAUGCCUACAGCAGGUUUGUUCUGGAGAACAGCAGUAGAGAGGACAAACAUGAGUGUCCGUUUGCCAGGAGCAGCAUACAGCUCACACUCAUCCUGUGUGAGAUUCUUCGUAUCGGAGAGCCACCCUCAGAGACGGGAUCUGACUACCACCCCAUCUUCUUCAGUCAGGAUCGACUCAUGGAGGAGCUCUUCUGUGUCUGUAUUCAGCUGCUCAACAAGACCUGGAAGGAGAUGAGAGCCACACAGGAGGACUUUGACAAGGUGAUGCAAGUGGUGAGGGAGCAGAUCACCAGGACGUUGUCCAGUAAGCCAACGUCCUUGGAGCUCUUCAAGAACAAGGUCAACGCUCUCAACUACAGCGAGAUCCUCAAACUGCGGCAGACAGAGCGGCUGCACCAGGAGGAGACGCUCGCACCUCCUGUACUUGAGCUCAAAGAGCGUCUGAAGCCGGAGCUGCUCGAGCUGAUCCGUCAACAGAGACUCAACAGACUGUGUCAGGGAACCAUGUUCAGGAAGAUCAGCAGCCGACGCCGACAGGAUAAACUGUGGUACUGCCGCUUGUCACCCAAUCACAAAAUGCUUCACUACGGCGACGUGGAGGAAGACACAGACAAUCCACCGAUAGAAACACUGCAAGAUAAGAUUCCAGUAGCAGAUAUCAAGGGGCUGCUAACGGGAAAAGACUGUCCUCACAUGAAGGAGCAUAAAGGCAAACAGAACAAGGAGGUGCUGGACCUGGCAUUCAGCAUCACAUAUGAUGUAGAAGAGUACAGUAUAAACUUCAUCGCACCCUCCAGAACUGAUUUCUGCCUGUGGACAGAUGGCCUGAGCGUCCUCCUGGGCCGGGAGAUGAGCAGCGAAUCCAUGCGCAGCGAGCUGGAGAUCCUCCUCUCUAUGGAGAUUAAGCUCCGCCUCCUGGACCUGGAGAACGUCCCCAUCCCGGAAAGUGCGCCAGUCAUCCCCAAACCUCCGAGCAACUACAACUUCUGCUACGACUUCAGCCAGACUGAGCAGUAGAGUGUGUGCACAGGCUGGAUGUGUGAAUGUGUAAAUAUAUAUAUAAAUAUGUGUGUUUGUGUAUGUGUGGUGAGAUUUUACUAGUGCAUCCACUUAUUAACAGAUUUAUAAUCCUGACAGUAGAAGUUUCCUCUGUGGCCUGUUUCUCUACAACGAACACACGGAAUCUCUAUAACUACAGCUGCCGUGGUUGGUACGAAUCUUUACCAAAUGUCUAUGAGCUGUUCUGAUGCUGCAGAUCAUCAUUCUCAUCUGAGGUGAGAUGAGAAGUUUAUGUUUUUCCUGACUUCGAUCAUUUGAUGUUGAGCUGCCUGGGAACCUCCAGAAACAACAGAGAGUCGAGCUGCUUGCAGACAUGCACUGAAGUCUGCACAUUCUCCUCAAUAUUCUGGAGGGUUAGAACGCAAAUGUCUGAGUCAGUUGCUCCGGACAUUUUACAAAACCUUUCCUUCCAGCCCCCUAGUAACAUUUCCGUGUAAAUCCAUGUGAGAAUGCAGCAAGAAAAUGUCUGGAAAGUUCAAAGUGUUGAUGAAGUUUGUAAUAAGCGGAAGAACACAAAUAUUUCAAGAUAAAAACAAGGUGUUACAGCGGACGCUCGUGAAGUUUGGAAAGACGAUGAGAUUACAGAGCUUUUGGCUGAAGCCAGUGUGGAUGUGCUGUAAACAGAAACAUGCGAUUUCCACAGCAUAAAUUAUGUCACGUCCUGAAGGCUUCAGACAUUUUCCUGUAGUUGUGAACUUGUCUGACCCGGACAAUCUCCUGCUGCCUUCUUCUUAUGUUAAAGACAAACUCUGGAAAAUGUCCGAGCCCAGUUUUUCUGGACAUUUUCCAGAGUUCAUGUCUGAAAACAGCUUUUUACAAGAGAUGUUGUAAAAUACCGGUUCAAAAGUAAUGGUACUUUAAAAUUUUAUAUAUAUUUCGAAAUGCUUCUAAAACUAUGCAUGGUACAUGGAGUAUUCUUGUGUGCGAGGCUGCUCAUCACUGACUUUUUUAUUUUUUUUAUCCGGUUGUGCUUAUUUCUCUUAAAUUCCUUUCUGUCAUUUCAGUUUUUAAAAAAAUGGGCAUUAACUAGAACACUGAUUUCUUAAGAUGUGGUACAUUAGACUCAUUUUCAACAGGUGACAUAGAAAUACAGCAGGUUUUCAGUGUCGGAUAAUAUUUUUUAAAUAUACCUUUGGGUACGUGCCUGCAGAUCCCAGUGGCUCAGUAACGAUGGAGCAAAUCUGUACAACAUUAUUUUAAAAGCAAUGCAGAUUCUCAUCAGGUAUCAAGCUGACUUCUUCCACCUCUUUCUUAUUAAAAGUACGAAUAAGCAUUUGUGUAAUUGUUUGAAAAACAACUUGAUCUUUAGAUUUGCCUGAACCGUCUUGAAUUAAAUCUAAAACCUGUUCAUUUUAUAAAAGGUACUUGUUCUAAUUUGAUGCUCAGUAACAUCAAGUAUUCAGUAGCUUCUCAAUAACUGACAGUUCUUCAGUAUAUCACAGUGUGUUUGAGUGUUUUUUGCCAUUUGGUGUCAUUUCGAUCCUGACACCCCACCCUCUGAUGAUAUCCACUUUGAAUCCUGUGCUUUUUGCUGAAUUCACAUGAAUAAACAGUUUGAUUUAU